CUGCACUAACAUAGCUUCUUGUUAAACCAACCUCUUCAGGUCUAAAAUUUUUGUGUUUGCUUCCCACAGAAUUUUGAGAGAGAAAAAUGGGAGUUGAUUUGAGGCAGGUUGUGGCUGGUAUACUCACUCUCACCAUGUUUGUGAUGCUGGUUCAAAUGAUCAAAAGAGACCAUUUUGAUUCUCUUCAAGAAAAACUUCCUGGGGAGGCUCAGGAUGCUCAAUUUGACAGUGCCAAUGUUUUUGAAAAGGAUGGCCUUGUGCAGCUUUCUAAGAGGAGCAAAGGGCCUUGGAUGGAGGAUAGUCAAGAGCUAAAACCAUGCUGGAGCAGGACGGCUUUUGAUAAGAUAGAGCAGUCCGGAGGGUAUGUUACUUUCUCAUUGACUAAUGGUCCAGAGUACCAUGUCUCUCAGAUAGCUGAUGCUGUAGUGGUAGCAAGGUAUCUAACCGCAACUCUUGUACUUCCUGACAUUAGAGGAAGCAAACCUGGUGAUGAAAAAAACUUUGAAGAUAUUUAUGACGUUGAGAAGUUCGUGAAAAGCCUGGAUUGGGUUGUCAAAAUAGUAAAAGAAUUACCCAAUGAAAUAUCAAUCCGGAAGCUUGCUGCCGUGAAAGUUCCCAAUCAGGUCACUGAAGAUCACAUUGUGGAAAAUGUAGAACCGGUAUUUAAAUCAAAGGGCAACAUAAGGCUUGCAACAUACUUCCCUACUGUAAAUAUGAGAAAAACCGCACAAAAGAGUAGUGUUGAUUCAGUUGCAUGUUUGGGAAUGUUUGAAACUUUAGAGUUGCAACCAGAAGUUAAUGGAGUUGUUGAUUCAAUGAUUGAACGGCUUAGAACAUUAAGUCGCAAAUCAGAUGGCCGGUUUAUAGCAGUCGACUUGAGUGUUGAGAUACUAGAGAAUAAGAAUUGUCACGGUAGUGGUUCAACUGGAGCAAAAAGUUGUUAUAAUGCACAGGAGAUUGCUUUAGUUUUGAGGAAAGUUGUUGGAUUUGAUACGAAUACCACCAUAUACCUGACUCAAUCAAGGUGGGAUGACAGUCUUAGUGUCCUGAAAGAUAUCUUCCCUAAAACAUACAUAAAGGAGAGCAUAUUGCCAGAGGAGAAAAAUGGGAAGUUCCUUGAAUCAAAAGAUUCACAAUUUGAAAAGGUUAUAGAAUUCUACAUAUGUUCUCAGAGCGAUGUCUUUGUUCCAGCCGUCUCUGGCCUGUUUUAUGCCAAUGUAGCCGAGAAAAGAAUUGCUUCAGGGAAGCCUCAAAUUUUUCCAGCUGAUAUACCUGUCACCUCUACCACCAUCACCAACUACCUCUCUCCUUAUGUUGCCAAGAAGAACCACUUAGCUUAUUCAUGCUUUUCUAACCUUCCCUUUUGA